GCCCUAGUUCAAACAAGCCAAGCAAUCUAUGGUUCUCUCUCCUAACAACUACAACCCGAUUUUCCAGAAUUGACAAAGAAACUGUCAAGCACAAACCUGGAAACUCAAGGAGGAUCGUUGAGGAAGGUGAGGAAUGGUAGAGGAACUUGAAACCACGUAAGAAUGAUGAUCGGAGAGGUCGUCCGACACUGGCCAGAAAGUCAAUGACGACGGCAAAGGUGGUGGCCGACGAUGACAAAAGUCUGCCAAACGACCCCAACUUUCUAGCAAAGGGGCUCUUGGUAGAGGGGAGGACGGAUCCGCAAAUGGAUUUGCAAUCAGAGGUCUAGUGAUCAUGGGAAAAAAUGUGGAAAAUUGGGUCUUAUCGUGGAAUUUGAGUUUAUAUAGGGAAAUAUCGUGGUCGGGCUCUCUAUUCAACGAGCAUGAUUGCCUUCAACUGGUGGUCUUACGAGUUAGGCACCAGGUGAGCACGUAAGGUCCCCAGGGAUCUGUGUGCCACAAAUUGAGGCAGGGGUGGAGCCAGGAUUUCGAUACUGGGUGGCCAAAAAUAAUUAAAUAAAAAUAAAAAAAUUAUAUAUAAUUACUUUAAAAGUAUACAAUGUUUUUUGAAAUCAUUGAAAAAUCACUCAACAUAACAUUAAAACUAAAUAUUUUUUCUAUCUUUCUUUCAAUAUAGUCUAAAAAUCAUUGAAAUCACUCAAAAUAAAGCAAAAUGUGAGGUAGCGAUGAAUUGAACAUGGGUUCUUCACACUAAAAAUUAGAUUAGCUAACAGUAGACUACAUAAUAGCUAUAUGACCUAAUUUUCUAGUCAAGUCCUACUUAUUCAAAUUUAUCUAAAUAUCUUUAAGGUCCUAGGGGCCCGGACUAUUCCCAGGGGGUCGGGGCCCACCCUACCUUCUAAGUAACUCUGCCCCUGAAUUGAGCUACAUUCCCGAGUUUGGUCUAGCUGUCCUGCAAGAUAGCCUGUUGGUUCGUCUGACCAGCUUUUAGCUCCAUGAACUUCCCCGCUGCCAGCUCCACUAAUGGAUUCAUCUUACUAAACUUCAGAGUGCUGGAGCUGGCGAGAUGCUCAUUAUAUCUCUCAGCUCAGACAUUGGAUCGUCUUGUGCUGGGGUCAAAGGGGAUGCAUCUGGCUGCUGAUACGCUCGUUGUUGUUGCGGCGGAAAGUUUUGCCCCUAUCUGGGCCGAUAAGGUUGUUGUCUGCACAAUCUACUCCGGUCAAGUGCCAUUCCUAGAUCUGCAACUCGAGCUUCCAGUACUGAUGGUCGAGCCACCAAAGCAUACACACUUCGGCCUUGAACACACUGACCUCUUUUUGAAGCGCCCUAGUAAUAGUUUUGUUCCACCAGGUCUUCAAAUAGUUUAUUCAUUUCUGGGGGUGUCUUAGUCAGCAUAUUGCUAUUGCACGUGGAUUCGAUCAACUGAUAGUCUUUAGGAAAGAGGGCCUAGUAGAAAUUGCCCACCUUGAAGGAGUCAUUGAACCCAUGAUGGGGACACUUCUGGAAGAGUCAUGAGUAUCGCUCCUGAGAAUCUCUGAGGGUCUCGUCCUCCUCCUAUGCAAAGUGAGUGAUCUCUUUAUGCAGAUCUAUUGUCUUCAAUUGGGGGGGGGGGGGGGGGGGAUAGUGGUUCAGGAAUUUGCUCAGCAUAUCUAGGGGUGUUCAAUCGGUGUGGUUACCGUGGUAACCGUUUUAACCGGUAGUAUUUGCCUAAUUUGGAUUGGUUAAUUUGAAUAAUUGUUUUCGUUUGGUUAAAAGUUUUAGCUUGUUUGGUUUAGCUGGUUUGAUUUGGUUUCAUACACUUCUAACCAAUCAAUCUAAAUUAACCAGUAAAGUAAUUACCCAUAUGUAAUAUAUAUUAUAUACACAUACUUAAUACUCGGCAUAACCACCCUAGAGCCAAACUUCCUUUUAGGCUCAUCAACAAUAAAGCUCAAUAUUGUUUAUAUACUGUAUAUUUAUAUUUGUAGAGUAUACACCAUGAUAUAUGAACGCCAAUUUGGAUAAAACUCAUACAAUGAUGAAAACUUAAAAGGAAGAUAUUUUUCAACCUAUGAUAAUUGCUAAGAGACUAAUUCAAUUCAUACAAUCACAACAAUUAAUCAACUCCGUACUAUUGACAUAUAUUUUUGUUAGGUGAAUACUUAUAUUGACGGUAAGAAAUUGUAUUAGUCGCAUGUAUUUUUGUAAGGGUUAACUAUAACUAUGUUUUGGUUGUAAUGUUUUAUUCAUUAUAUAAAUUGUGAAUUGAUUCAUUAACCGAAAAUUUUCUCACUUAAUGAUUAAGUCAUGUUAUAUUGGUUAAUCUGGUUAAUCAAUUAACCAAACCGAUUAAACAUUAGUUUGGUUAAUUUGGUUGUUGUAUUAGUUUGGACAGUUUGGUUAUGAUAUUAUAUUCCAUGGUUAAUAGAAGGGCUAAUACCACUAGGAAACCCAAACUAUUAAGAAUGUUUCAUUUGUAUCCUAAAGUAUCUAAUAUGACAUUUGUGUCCUAAAUUAUUUUUCCGUUAGAGUUUACCGGCGUUGACCAUUAGUAUUUAACAAAUUUCACAUUCUUAAUAGUUCGGGUUAGGACAUAAAUGACACAAAACUAUAAUAGGUUGGGACAAAAAUGACACAAAUCUAUAAUAUGUUGGGAUACAAAUGUCAUAUGGGAUACUUUAGGACACAAAUGACAUAUUCUUAAUAGUUCGGGUUUUCUAGUGGUAUUAGCUCUUAAUAGAAUUCUGGCUUGUUUGGUUUGGUAAUUACCAUGGUAACCAUUUGAACAUCCCUAAGCAGAUUGGUCGAUGAGGUGAUUGAGCCUAGUGUACGUUUAUCCAACCAUGCCCUAUCCCUUCCAUCCAUAGAGAAGGGGAAGUAGCAAAGCAGGAUUGCCUCCUGCAUCACACUAUUGAUCUUGAUCUCGACGAUCAACUCGUGGAAGCGAUUGAGGUGCUCUCGUGGACACUUGCCUGCCAAUCCACAGAACAACAAUGAGGUCCGAAACAUCUGAAUGACAGAGAUCUUCACCUCAAAGUUAUUUGCAGCAACUUGAGGGUGCUGGAUAGUAAAUCUCAAGUCCUCAACCCUAGGGUCAGGUAGUACCCCAUUGUCCGAGCCUCUGGUUGUUGCUGAGCACUGUUCGGGUCCCCCCACCUGGUUUUUCGGUUGUGCUAUCUUCUCUUUUGUUUCUGUCUCUUGGUCUCUCUCGGAUCCAUCCUCCAAGAUAGGACAAUCCAAAUCUUCCUUCGCAGCUAGUAAUUCUUUGAGCACUCUCUUGAGCUGGUGUAAGGUUCUUUCGAUCUCUUGAUCCAACGGCAAUAAGUCUUAUGACUGGCU